UGACUGCCUAAAGUAAAACGUUUGAUUAGCUACAGUCAUGUGAAAGAGACAUGGGCAGCCCUUCCAGUCCCACUCAGGAUGAAGCACAUUGUCUCCUGCCUUUAUGCUCCCACACCUGCUCCUGGGAGGCUGAGCAGCGUAUUCGUAAGUGCAAACCUGGAAAGGUGAAGGCCCUUACAUCCAGCAGGGCCUCAGCCACAGCCUCUGAAGAGGAUAGGUUUCCAGCCUUUUCUGCGGUUAAUGCGUCCGAGUGGCUUGAUGCUGGGUCGCCUAUUGAGGCCUUGCUUCUUGGACGUGAAGAUGAUUUCUCAGAAGCUGCUACCCACACUCUCAUCAGCUGUGUGGCUUUACCAAACGGAGCUAAACGACGCACUAAGUCUCCUCAACUGGCUUUCAAGGAAGUGAUUUUCCUACCCCCUGCUGAGAUAGAAAACACUGUUGUUAGCAAGAAAAAACUCAAACAGGACAAUUCAAGGAAGAGGGCUCUGUUGAAGCAAACUUCUGUGAAGUCUCAGUUGAAUCAGGAAGGGAAGGGCUACCUGAAGUCAGAGGCGUCAGAUGCUGGUUUUCCCAGGAGUGGGUCAGACAGUGACCACCAGGUGAAGAAGGCCUCUUCCCCUUCUCAGGUGGCCCAUCUUGUUCCUGUGUGUCAAACUCUGGCUGCUGCCCCUGAGGCCAAAGAUGAGAAGGAGCCACCCAGGUCAGCCAAGACCCUCCAGCUCAGGAACAAACCGAUGGUCUUUGAUCCUCUCUGGGAGAGGAUACAGAGGAAACACACCCAAGAGGAACACCAUACCUCCAAAUAUAAACUGGACCAGAAGACUAGAAUCGAUGGGAUUGAUUGUUGGGAGAGCCUGAAGAGACAAGCAUGCCUGUGGAGGAGGCAUGCUCAGCUUGUUAUGGCUGAGUGUGGGAGUACUUUGUCUUCAGAGGACAAGGCAGACUAUGUAUCGUACAGACUCAACCCAAUCCCCACACCAAGCUCAAACUACCAGUUAAAAAGCUCUUCAAAAACUGGUAAUUGCAGAUCAUUAAGUGUUGUAUGGGGUGCUAACUGAGAAUCCAUAACAUAGAAAU